AUGAAGCAAAAGCACAGAAAUCUUGACGUUAUUCAUCACGGUUUGGUGCUGAUCUCCGAUGGUAAGGGACGAGGUCGACCAUCGAGAUUGUUGUUAACAAAAGAUCAAAUCUCGAUUCAAAUCCCCUCCGAUGCAGUGAUCGAUGAGGUAUCAGUGGCCCCGGAGGACACCUCGACAAGACAUAUCGUGAUAAAGAAAAGGAAAGAUGGCGGAGGACUUGGCUUGAGUAUUCGAGGCGGUGAUCACAACAGCAAUUUUCCGAUUGUCAUCUCGAAGAUUUUUCCAGAUAUGCCUGCUGAUGAAACAAAGCAACUCUUCGUUGGUGACGCGAUUGUCGAAGUGAACGGGAUUGCCGUUGAUGGGAAAUCUCAUGAUGAGGUUGUUGAAAUGCUGAAAUCUGAGGAUGAUGAGGUGACGCUCGGUGUUCGACACUUCACCCAAAUUACACCCUAUCUUAAACCAGCCAGCUCUCUACAACCCGGUCGAAGUGGAUCUGCAUUGGAUAAACUUUACGAGCCGAAUACAUGGAAGUCAGCAAUGAAAGCGCACUCGGAUCUGGGGUUGUAUGAGAAGAAAAGCAGCACCGCUCAUCAUUCUUCAAUGGGAACUCUUGAUCGCGAUGACGGUAAGUGGAAGACGAUUUCAACGAUUCCCCUUCCAAUGGCCUAUUUGACGAGAUAUUUGUGGGGAACGGAUAAUUUAAGACAACACGCUUUUGAGCUACGAGCCGUUGAUGGAACUUCUUCAGGAGUGAUUCAUUGUGAGGAUAGCAGAGCUCUUGAGCUAUGGUUAAUGAAGAUUCAUCAACACAUCAAUCAUUUGAAUCAGAAAAGUAUCAAGAUGAGCAACAAGUAUUUGCAUCAGAGUGAACAGAUCACCUACAUUGGUUGGGUGAAUGAGCAUUUAACAGAAGAGGCGAGUGUUGAUCCGAAACAACGCUGGGAACCGAGAUUUCUGAUAUUGAAAGGAGGCGAUAUUUGUCUUUUCGAGACACCGCCGUUGAACUCGGAUGAUCUCGGAAAAUGCUUGAAUCUUUACAAAUGUUAUGAUGUAGCUGUUAAACAGGUACCGGAUGACAUGCGACGAUUGGAUAAAAGAGACAAUUGUCUUUGGGUGGAGACAGCACUUGGUGAAGAAGUAAAGCAUUAUCUUGCUUUCGAAUCCCCUCAAAUGAUGGAACGCUUUGAGGCAGCCUACUAUCGAUGCGUUCACACAACGAUCAAUGCUAUGCAAACUCGAACUUUCGCAUGCAGUUUCGAGGGUCGACCAAGCGGUCUCGUCUUUGAUAUUAAACAGGGAAUCAGCUUGUACGAUAUUCCGACAAAGAGUUACGCUUGGCAAUAUCGUUUCCGAGACUUGCACUCGUCAUCCGAUGACGGGAAAGUGCUCGUGCAGUUGGUUUUCAACGAUGACCGGAGUUUGGAUCCGAAAAAGUUGGAAACCAAGGACAUGGAAUGCGAAGAGGUGCUGACCGUUGUCUACAACUUGCAAGCGUUUCUAUUGGCUAAAAUCGUUGCAGUUGAUCCGGAGUUUUUGAAACAAAAUCCAUUGCAA